UAAACCUUACUGACAUUAUUUUAAUGACAGACAUAUACUGUUAUAUAUAAAGGACUUUUCUGAUUUAGGAAAAUUUACAUUUUCUGUCUCUGGACAUUUUCGGCGAAAUAUUUUAAAUGGCGACGUACGAUUCUUGUAGGCAAGCCAGCAGCAUGGCGUUGUGUUUUAAUAGGGAAAGUCUUCCACAUAAAGGUCAUAGCGGAAUGAAUCAAUUAGGCGGAAUGUUCGUCAACGGCCGACCCCUUCCUGACAGUAUUCGUCAAAAAAUCGUCGAAUUUGCACAUAACGGUGCGCGCCCUUGCGACAUCUCGCGGAUCCUGCAAGUAUCGAACGGAUGUGUCAGUAAAAUUUUAGCAAGAUAUUACGAAACUGGGACAAUCCGUCCACGGGCAAUCGGGGGGAGCAAGCCUCGAGUCGCAACCCCGGAAGUCGUCAACAAAAUCGCUUCCUACAAGCGGGAGUGUCCCAGUAUAUUUGCAUGGGAGAUCAGGGAUCGUUUGUUAAACGAAGGAAUUUGCAACAACGAUAAUAUCCCGAGUGUGUCUUCCAUAAACCGCGUUCUUCGAAACUUAAACGGUGACCACCAAACCGGAGGUUUCAUUGAGACGACUGGUCGAGAUCCAAAAUCGGGUUCGCAGUUGGGGUUAGAGUGGUCAUUAACUUGUAACGGUUGGUUGCCCCAGCAAACUAUGUGCCAGGAACAAAUUGCGGCCGAAGGUCUUAUGGGACUGAAAGGCAAGGAAUCGGUUGUGGAAUCAGAAGCCAAAGACGGUAGUAGUGAAGCCCGCCUUCAAUUGAAACGUAAACUCCAACGAAACCGAACCUCUUUCACACAAAUUCAAGUCGAAGCUCUUGAAAAAGAAUUUGAAAGGACUCACUACCCGGAUGUUUUCGCACGGGAAAGGCUGGCAACAAAAAUUGAUUUACCCGAAGCUCGAAUACAGGUUUGGUUUUCGAACCGUCGCGCAAAAUGGCGACGUGAAGAGAAAAUACGUAGCCAGCGCAGCAGCGCCGCUAGUGACGGCUCUGACGUAAUGCGUAGAACGAACGAUCAACAAAGUAUCGGCCAAUGUGGUGUCUACUCCAGCGUUACACAACAGCAUGCACAAGCCAACCACCAGCUCCCAGCUUACCACAUGCCACCCGAACCUUACACGGGAAUGAACGGAUACCAGAUGACGUCACUCCCUCAAACCAUGAUCGAGCACUUCCCACCCAUGCACAGAAUGCACGAAGCUCCAUACUUAUACGGGUUAUCCAGUGGUGGUCCAAGCAACCUUACACCCCCACCACACUACACAUCGUAUGAUCAUGACCGCAGAGUUGAAGAACCAUCCCACAACACAAUACCCACACCCCCUAGCUCAGCCAACCAACCAUCGCCCGAUCACGACCACCACGGCUCUCAUAUGCAACCGCUAGACGGCGGUAUAUACCAAGCAUCGUUGAGUGGUAUGCACGUAGGCCAUCAACACCAUGCACUAGUUGGCGCCCAAGCUACUGACCAAUCAGCUUCGUCCAUGAUCGUUCCUCCAAUGACUGCCCUGCAGAAUCCUGCCAACUUCCAUACUGCCGAGGGUUAUUGGCAGUCAGGCGUCCAAGGCUAAACAACCGCAAAAGUGACGUUCGAUAGUUCAGUCAGUACGCCAUGUUUGAGUUAACCUAUAUAUUAUAAUUCGGGCACUUGUGUGUGGUGAAUGGCCAUGAGAUGAUGCCCAAACUACCUCCCUAGUCAAAGUUAAUUUAUGAACAUUUCCGUAACGCCCGUCGUGUAUUAAUCUUUAUAUAUAUAAGCGCAUUGAGGCGUUUAUGACUUAUUUACUUUUGCUUGACUUGUUCUGCAAACAAUAUUAUACAAUGUACUAUAUAAUGAUAAUUAAACGGAACUGUUUCUUGUACUCCGUGAAUACUGAUUUGUGCUCGUUGAAAUAAAUGUCCCAUUCAUGUUUAAAA